AUGGACCAAAAAUACAUCAUUUACAACCUGGUCUACUGUAAAGCUGAGGUCAAGAGAAGAAAAGCAUGGCCGCCUUAUUCAGAGGAUCUCGAAACUUAUUGAAAAGGUGGAAUAAGAAUGUCCACUCGGCGCUGGUCUCCUCCAGGUCUGUGGCCUCCAAGACACAGGUGGGGUUUGUUGGAUUGGGAAACAUGGGGAACCCCAUGGCUAAGAACCUGCUGAAGAGUGGCUACCCUAUCAUUGCCACAGACGUGUUCCCCGAGUCCUGUAAAGAGCUCCAGGAGUUGGGUGCUCAGAUUCUGGACAGUCCAGCAGAUGUGGCGGACAAGGCAGACCGCAUCAUCACCAUGCUGCCGUCUAGUCCCAACGUCAUCGACGUAUACACAGGGCCCAACGGGAUUCUGAAGAAGGUGAAGAAAGGCUCUCUCCUCAUUGACUCCAGUACCAUCGAUCCGUCCGUUUCCAAGGAGAUGGCAGUCGCCGCAGAGAAAAUGGGAGCUGUGUUCAUGGACGCUCCAGUAUCUGGAGGUGUGGGAGCAGCGAGCUCGGGAAAGCUCACCUUCAUGGUGGGUGGAGCAGAGGAGGAGUUUACUGCAGCCAAAGAACUCCUGAGCUGCAUGGGGGCCAACGUGGUGUACUGUGGCCAGGUCGGAACAGGACAGUCUGCAAAGAUCUGUAACAAUAUGCUGCUGGCCAUCGGGAUGAUCGGGACCGCCGAAACCAUGAACCUGGGGAUUAGGCUAGGGCUCGAUCCCAAGCUGCUGGCUAAGAUCCUGAACAUGAGCUCUGGACGCUGCUGGUCCAGUGACACCUACAACCCUGUCCCGGGCGUGAUGGAGGGGGUACCUUCUGGGAAUAACUACCAAGGUGGAUUCGGCACGACACUGAUGGCCAAAGAUCUUGGAUUGGCACAGAACACGGCGACAAACACCAAGACCCCAAUCCCUCUGGGCGCACUGGCGCACCAGAUCUACCGAAUGAUGUGUGCGCGGGGCUAUGCCGGCAAGGACUUCUCCUCUGUAUUCCAAUUCCUUCGGGAGGAGGAGGGACAAUAGGGGUCAAUACGCCCAGCAACUAGCUUAACCCUGCCCCUGCACUUCCGCAUACACACAGACACAAACACACACGCACGGACACACGCCCACGGACGAAUACACACACACACACACACACACACACACACACACAAAACUGAGGUGCAUGCAGUUAGGGUGUGUGCCAGGGGACUCUUCAUAUGUGUGACUGAUGGGAAAUGUAGAGUGAAUAGGUGUUUGAAACGAUUACGUGAGUUCUGUAUUUACUUUGUGGAAUCUUCUGUUACCUGUUUGAUCCUGCCUUGUAAAAGCAGAAGUCCUUUUUUGCCCUAGUUUCAGGAAGUUACAGCUGAUUUGAGAAUCUCGAAUCGUGCUCUUCAGUAGCUUGAUUGAUGAUGGUGGUGAUUGUUGAUUAUAAUUACAGUGGGGGCACAGAACUGAAAACAGGGAGGAGCUGCACAGUUUUCCAAGGGAGAUGACUCAGAAUGACACAUUUACCAAGCCCUUACCAUUAGACCAUGCUCAACUUCUGCAGCUGAAUCGCCGUGUGGUUGUUUGUAUACUCUUUUUUUUUUUUUUUUUUUUUAAUGCUUUUUGUUGAGGGGUUUUUUGUCACAAAUGAAAUUAGGGGUGAAAGGUCAUUGAUGAUAAACUGUCGAACAUCCUCCACGUGUGACUUUUCAAAAGCUUUUAAGAUGUUCUAAAUUAAACCUGUCUGUUGUAGCCAUCACACGUCCAUUUUUAUUUUAAGUAGUGCGAUCUUCAUGUGCUCUGAAGAUAUAUUGUGGUUGGGGCUUACCUGUGGCUUCAUUUCAAGCAUUGGAUGAGUAUCUGAGCUCUGUCUGGCUGUCUCCUGGAGAAUCGGGAAUAUGCGUUUUGUUUUAUAGCUUUUUUUGGUUUGUUUUAAAGCGCCUGUUUGUUCACUGGACUUCUCUCGGUCUGCCUACUGUCUUAGUGUUUUUCUCUCACUCACUGAACUGGUCUCCUUGACCCUCUGCAGUUUUCUGUCCCGUUUCUGGGGUUUGUGGGGUUGAGUCUGGAUGUACUGUGUUAUGGAAACCAUUAAAUGGGCAGUAACCAGAGGCACCUUGUGGGCUACAAGGGGCGGGUUUUAGUGUGCUCGCGUUGGACCUGGGUGGCAGCGAAAAGCGCUGUGGCAGAUUCGAGGAACCUCCAUCUCCCUGAUGCCUGAAGAUGACCACUGAAGAAACACCACCACAGGCUUCAUGACUCAGAGACUCUACAGUCCAGCUUUCUGUGAUUAAUGAGGAGUUGGCUUUGGUGAUAACAGGAUUGUAAUGUGUGUACAUAUGUAGAUUACUUUGUGUUGUGUAAAUAAGCCCAAUCCAAAACUCACUAGUUGACUAUAACUACCAUUAUUGUACAUCUUCCAGGACUAACUGACAGAGCCUUGCUCGGUGCUGUUCGGAUGGUCUCUCUCAUUACUGUACAGAUGGAGUCUCACUGUUUUCUGUAAAAACAUCCAGAUCACGCUGCUGUGUCUAAUAAACACAGGCCUGGGGCUCUGCUCCAGUGUGCAGACUGCUGCUCUUCA